GACCUCCAAACAAUUCUUGAUCCAAUUAAGAAAGCAAUUGUCAUGCUUGAGCAUAGAAGUGCCACUCUGGCUAGUUGUUUUAUUUGUUUGAUAAAAUUGGCAGUGAUUAUUAAGGAAUUUCCACAAAAUAGAAAUAAUUACUUCCAAAGAAGAUGUCAGUUAGCAUUUGAUAAACAUUGGA